AUGCGGAAUCUGGUUUCCGCCUCCCUGAAGGCUGUGUCGACGUCGGGACCAGCUGUCGCCGUCUGCCACCACGCUGCGCCUCGCCGCCACCCGCCCCCACCGCCUCUGCCACUGGCGAUGGGGGCCGGUGGCUGCACGGAGACUUUUGACACUUGGGGCAACGCGUGCGUACUCCUAGCACGGCCGCAGACCAGGCGUCGUCCGCAGGAGUCGCUUUGUUUACGCGUCGCUGUGAGCGCGCCGGCCGCGCAGCGCAGCGCAGAGGGACCGUCGGUGUCGCCGCGGCGGCGGCCAGUGCCGAGUGCGGCGUCGGCGGGCAGAGAGCGUGGCUGGCGCGUCGGUGGCCGCUCGGCGCGGCAGCCUGGCAGCUACUGGCGCCGCCGCCGCCGCCGCAGGCCCGGGCGGCCCGCCGUCCCCGGCCAGCAGCGGUCGCAGCCAGCGCGCCCGCCGCCCGCCUCCUCUGCGCGCACGUACGGCGCGCAUCGCCCCGCCUCCCGCCGCCGAUGGCAACACGCGGACCGGCGAGCCACCGCGGCGCCUCGCAGGUGCACCGCCGCGGCUGCUGCCAUCCGGGGCGGACGUCAGCCGGUAGAGGCAGCCAAAGGCUCAGUGCCUCCCUCCCCCUCUCCCCCCCCUUAA